UGAGAGUUUAGAAUUCAGGUUUUUCAUAUUCCACUAAAAAAUUCAGAGGAAGUAUCAUAAACCAGCUUUCAUAUUCAUUUUAGAGCUUCGUCCAUCAUCAUCAGGCUCUCGAGGAAUUAAAUCAUUAUCGGGGAAGUCGUUGCUGCAGAAAGGGUGUCAAUGCAAGUCAACAACCCUCAAAGAAAACCACAUAUUCUUCUUGCUGCAUGUGGAUGUGUUGCUGCAGUGAAGUUUAGAAGCCUAUGCCACGGUUUUUAUGAAUGGGCCGAAGUUAGAGCAGUUGCCACAAGGGCAGCAUUGUUCUUCAUUGACCGAGCAUCCCUCCCGAAAAACAUCUUUCUUUAUGUUGACGAUGAUGAUUGGUUGAAUUGGAGGAAAAUUGGUGACAAUGUCCUUCACAUUCAACUUUGUAGCUGGGCUGAUAUUAUGGUUAUCGCUCCACUCUCAGCAAACACACUUGGAAAGAUUGCGGGAGGUUUGUGCGAUAAUCUAUUAACUUGCAUUGUACGAGCAUGGGACUACAGCAAGCCUUUAUUUGUUGCACCAGCCAUGAACACCUUAAUGUGGAAAAAUUCCUUUACUGAAAGACAUCUUGUGUCUGUUGAUGAUCUUGGAAUUACUCUUAUACGACCAGAAACAAGUGGUGGGGAACAAUGCAACGGCGUCAUGGCUGAACCGAGCCACAUCUCCGCAACUGUGAUUCUAUACUUAGAGUUACAACGUAAGAAACAAGAAACAUCUGAACAGUAACAUAACAUGUACCGCGUAAAAUCAUGAAGAUGGUCCAUUUUUAAGUGAUUGGGAAAUGGGAUGAUUUGGUGGUUUGCAUACAAAUUACAAGCUGCAAUAAUAUACCUUCCCCUUCCAUCUUGUGAAGCCUCUGUGAUUGUGUCCUUGUGGUUUGACUGAGAUUGGGCUGGGUAGGCUGUAAAUGAUUUUUGUAUUGUUCACUUUUUCUGUUCUUCCCAAUUUGAUCGUCUCACUUGUAAUCUUGCUUGGCAUCAUUUUGUCAGGUGGAUGCCUGGAACCCAUAC